AUGUCCAGUGGGGGCAGGUUUAAUUUUGACGAUGGCGGCUCGUACUGCGGCGGCUGGGAGGAGGGCAAGGCGCACGGCCACGGCCUCUGCACGGGCCCCAAGGGGCAGGGCGAGUACGCGGGCUCGUGGCGCCACGGCUUCGAGGUGCUGGGCGUGUACACCUGGCCCAGCGGCAACACCUACCAGGGCACCUGGGCGCAGGGCAAGCGCCACGGCCUCGGCCGCGAGAGCAAGGGCAAGUGGCGCUACCAGGGCGAGUGGGCGCACGGCUUCAAGGGCCGCUACGGCGUGCGCGACUGCGGCAGCGGCGGCGCCAAGUACGAGGGCACCUGGACCAACGGCCUGCAGGACGGCUACGGCACCGAGACCUACUCGGAUGGCGGGACGUACCAGGGCCAGUGGCUCGGGGGGAUGCGCCAGGGAUACGGGGUCCGGCAGAGCGUACCGUAUGGCAUGGCUGCUGUUAUCCGGUCACCCCUAAGGACCUCCAUCAACUCUCUGCGCAGCGAGCACACCAAUGGCACGGCGCUGCACCCCGACUCCUCGCCCGCCAUGGCCGGAAGCCCCGCGGUCUCCCGCGGUGGAUUCGUCCUGAUGGCUCACAGCGACGCGGAGAUCCUCAAGAACAAGAAGAAGGGCCUCUUCCGCCGGUCCCUGCUGAGCGGGCUCAAGCUGCGCAAAUCCGAAUCGAAGAGCUCCUUGGCCAGCCAACGGAGCAAGCAGAGCUCCUUCCGCAGCGAGGCGGGUUUGAGCACCGUCAGCUCCACCGCCAGUGACAUCAACUCCACCAUCAGCCUGGGCGAAGGGGAAGCGGAGCUGUCGGUCAUCGAGGAUGACAUUGACGCCACCACCACGGAGAUCUACAUCGGGGAGUGGAAGAACGACAAGCGGUCCGGGUUCGGGGUCAGCCAGCGCUCGGAUGGGCUCAAGUACGAAGGGGAGUGGGCCGGCAACAAGCGCCAUGGCUACGGCUGCAUGACCUUCCCGGACGGCACCAAGGAAGAGGGGAAAUACAAACAAAACGUCCUGGUUAGUGGGAAGCGGAAGAACCUCAUCCCGCUGAGGGCCAGCAAGAUCCGCGAGAAGGUGGACCGUGCCAUCGAGGCCGCGGAGCAUGCCGCCACCAUCGCCAAGCAGAAAGCGGAGAUCGCGGCUUCCAGGACAUCCCAUUCCCGGGCAAAGGCGGAAGCCGCGGUGACCGCUGCACAGAAAGCUCAGGAGGAAGCUCGGAUUGCCAGAAUCACUGCCAAAGAGUUCUCGCCAUCCUUCCAGCACAGGGAAAACGGCCUCGAGUGCCAGAGGCCGAAGCGCCGGAAUUCCAGCGAUGACAUCGAGGUCCUGUCGACGGGGACGCCCCUUCAGCAAGAGAGCCCCGAGCUCUACCGGAAAGGCACGACCCCUUCGGACCUGACCCCCGACGACAGCCCCCUGCAGAGCUUCCCCGCCAGCCCCACCUCCACCCCGCCUCUGGGCCCUUCCUGUCGGAACAAGAGCACCCACUUCUCCCGGCAGGUCUGCAUGGACGAAGAGCGGGGCGGGGAGAUCCAGAUGCUGCUGGAAGGGCGGGGCGGGGACUACCUGCGCCCCAACAGCUGGGGUGAAGACAAGGAGGGCGGGGCACGUGGCGUGAGAGGCGGGGGCUUACGCAGCAGCCAAUCGAGCUCCUCCGAAGAGUACCGGGGUCGAAGCGGCGGGCACAAGCACGCGGCCUCGAACCACAAGCCGCGGGAGAGGUGGACGGACCCUCCCGCCACGGUCUCAUGGACUCACCACCGCCCUCACCACCACGGCUCGGGGGGGAACAAGCUCCUGGAGCUGGAGGAGGAGAAGCUGAGCAACUACGAGAUGGAGAUGAAGCCGCUCAUGAGGAUGGAUUCUUAUAUGCAAGAAAUGCACUCCCAAAAAAGACACUAUAGCAAAACGGGGCCCGGCAGGAGCCUGGCCGAGGACCAGCACGGGGAAGAGCGCGGCUUUGGGAUGCAGAGACUGAGGUCGAAGGCCCAGAACAAAGAGAACUUCCGGCCAGCCUCUUCGGCCGAGCCGACGGUGCAGAAGCUGGAAAGUCUGCGGCUGGGGGACAAAGGUGAACCCCGGCUACUGAGGUGGGACUUAACGUGCUCCCCGCCACAGAAAUCCUCACCUGUUGCACUAGAACCAGAAGAGGAGAAUGGGGACGAGCUGAAAUCCGGUGCAGGUUCAGCUCCCAUCCUGGUAGUCAUGGUGAUCUUGUUAAACAUCGGAGUCGCCCUUUUGUUUAUUAACUUUUUCAUCUAACUCGGGACAGUCUCGUUUGCAAAAAUUAACAGUUCCAC